AUUGAAUUAUUACCCAUUACCACAUCUUGUGAUAUAUGGAGUAAACACAUACCAUUGUUUCCCAAACACCUGUGGACUUUUUCGAUGAAUUGUGAUCAUCAUGACUACACAGUUAUGACGGAUAAUUUAUGCUAUGUAAAUCAAGUCAUGAUAUGACGGUCUUCAUAUCCAUUUUCGGAAGAAUGUUGUACCGAAGUCUCUGAAUAAUAGGUUGGCGGAGAGUUGAAUGAUGGUGCCGUGUCCGUGAGGCGGAGGCCCGGUGAGAUUUCGAGGUCCGUCUCCGUCUUGGUGACAGGAUCCCUGCAUCCUGCCAGCUUUAGACCAGUCAAACGACAACCCAAACGACAGGGGUCUCGAGAAUAUCGUUCAGUGUCUGGGGUAUCGACGCCGUUUUCAACUCCGUCUCCUUUUGCAAACCGCUUUUCUCUGCUUCAGUGAGACUAACAAGAAUCAGAUAACUCAGUAAUGACAAUAUGAACCCCAAUUCUACUCAGGCUAAGAACAAGGGACCCAAGGCCUGUACAACAUGCGCUAAAGCUAAGGCAAGGUGCGUCCCUGGGCCUCUGGGGAGCCUCAAAUGCGACAGGUGCCAUCGACUAAACAAGCCAUGUGUUAACCAAACUCCGGCUCCGGCCCGGCCCCGUAGAAGCCCAAAGCUAUCUAAGAUAGCUGCUUUGGAGAAGCGCCUUGAAGAGCUGUCCUCGCACGUAAGGCGUGAGUCUUCAGAAGAGGAGGACUCCUCGCCUCCACCUUCGACGAGUGAGAAACGCUCAGAGCUGUUGACCAAAUCUGAUGCCUGGGGUUUCAAUCACUUGUUUCCCUUAAAACCGGGAAUUGAAAAUACCCCCGGUCAACAUCCUCCACCGUCAGCUCCGGACAAGACACGGCCAUGGGACUCCUGGUGGCCCACGCCCCGUGAAGCGGAGCUACUUCUCAACGGCUAUAGGACAAUCCACUCAUGUCUAUUUCCGUUUGUGUGUGUUCCUGGGCAUAUGACAGCCCUGGAGCUGCGUGAGCAUCGUCCAUUCCUGUGGAAGGCUGUCAUGAUGGUAGGGUUGUUUCUUGAUGGAGCUAGACAGGUUAAGCUUGGCCAAGAGUUACUAGCUGAGAUUGGACGAGCAGCUGUCGUAGAUGGCCUGAACAGUCUGGAUCUACUCCAGAGCUUGCAAAUGCUGGUGGCAUGGUUUCACUAUGCCUUGAAGGGCUCUCAAGUGACGAAUCUGCUGUUCCUUGCUAGAGCUAUAUGCGUAAAUUUGAGGUUCACGGAAGAUACGAGUCUUCAAGGAGAAGAAUCUGAUCGCAAUCUUGAUCAUAUGAGAGUUUACGCUGGCACUUAUUACCUUAACACUUUAGUGUUCACAGCGAACAAGCGGCCUGAUGUCCUUAUGAAUACCAGCCAUCUGGAAAUGUGCUGCAGAGUUCUUGAGAGAACUAUGCAGCACCCCUCUGAUGAGUACUUGAUAAAGCUGGUGCGCAUUCAGCAGCUGGCACAGUCCAUAUCUGUCACCAUGUCAGCGGAGAACCUAACUCAGACCGCCAGCAAACUACCAUUGACAAUGGUAGUGCAAUCGUUUGAGGAACAGUUGCAGCUGUACAAAGACAAUCUUGGCCCACGGUUCGCUGGUAACGGUAUUUAUGUCACCCCAUUCCGAUCGUCUAGCGCUCACCAUGGUUUAGAUAAUCUCAAGACCCAUGUCAACGUAGCCGAGGUGCUCCUCUAUGAGAUCGCCGUCUCGGACCAACACUCUGCAGCAUCCUAUCUUCCUCUAACUGACCGACUCCAACUUCUUUGGGCUUGUGUUCGAUCUCUAAAGACCUUUUUCGAUAUCCGGUUCGAUCAUCGAGAAAUGGAACGCCCACGUUUCCUGUGUAUGAGCGCGUCUGAACUUGUGUACACCAUCAUUGUUGGCAUCAAGGUCGUAACACUUCAGUUACCCGGGUGGAACCUCGCCCAAAUACACGCAGAGCUUGACAUGGUCGAGGUGAUGAGCCAGCAAGCCCAGGAUUUGGACAUCAUCGUGGGGCGCCGCAAACACGGCAACAUGCUAGGUACACCGACGCCCGGGGGAACGACAGCAGCUACACCUGCGCCUCCACCAGAUCCUUUCGAGAGACUUGUGAAGCAGCUGAAGUCAGUGAGAGACUUGGUCAAGGCUGAGAGACAGCGUCUACUUACGGGAUCUGGCAACGCUGAUCUCGUAGACUUCAGCCAAGACUUCUUGAUGGAUGAUUCAGGAACGGACUUUUGGCAAGCGGCGGCUACGAGAGGCUAUAAUGUAUGGAACAUCAUUGGUGACCCUGGCGUCUUAAAUGAGUCGACUUGACGCCUUACGAAGUCGGUGAAGAAGGUUGUAUUAACA